UUUUAUAAUUUAUAUGCUUUUCUCCCCCAUAAAUUCCCCUCAAAAUUUCCGUACAACAGAAGAUGAAGAUAAUGGGGGAAAGGGCAGCCAACAGCCAUCCGUAAUUUCCAUUCCUUCCCGCCAACCCAUAGCUUCCCCCAAAGCUUCAACAAUGGGAUUCCAAACCCUUAAGCUAGCCGACUUUCCAGCCUCUUCCACUUCCCGUCUAAUGUUCCUGCCACCCACCAAAACCCCUUCUCUCACUCCCUUCCAUCCUUGUGUCCGUACCCACAGACCUCCAUCUCGAUUGUUCGUUCGAGCUUUCUCAUUGCCGUCCGUCCAAGUUGACCACCCUCCCACUACAAUCGCCGGAGAAGAAAAGGUUGUGAAACCUCAAUGGAAAGCUUCAAUAGACUUCAAGUGGAUUAGGGAUAACAAGGAUUUGGUGGCUUCAAAUAUACAUAAUCGGAAAUCUGGUGCUAAUUUGGAACUUGUGCUUCAGCUUUAUGACGAAAUGUUAAAUCUUCAGAAGGAAGUUGAGCAGCUUCGUGCUGAAAGGAAUGUGGUUGCAAACAAGAUGAAAGGGAAGCUGGAACCAUCCGAACGUCAAAAACUCAUAGAGGAAGGAAAGAAUCUAAAGGAAGGAUUGGUUUCUCUGGAAGAAAAUCUUCUUAAACUAACAGAUCAGCUUCAACAAGAAGCACAAUGUAUACCAAACACGACCCAUCCAGAUGUUCCUAUCGGAGGGGAGGACUGCUCGAUAAUAAGAAAGAUGGUUGGUAGCCCGAGGGAGUUCAGUUUUCCUGUUAAAGAUCAUCUUGAACUUGGGAAGCAGCUGGACAUUUUUGACUUUGAUGCUGCAGCUGAGGUUAGUGGAUCUAAGUUCUACUACCUGAAAAAUGCGGCAGUAACAUUAGAAUUGGGUCUGAUCAACUGGACACUCUCUGAAGUUAUGAAGAGAGGCUUUACUCCUUUAAUAACCCCGGAAAUUGUCAGGUCCACAGUCGUUGAAAAGUGUGGAUUCCAACCCCGUGGUGAAAAUACUCAGGUUUAUUCCAUUGAGGGAAGUGACCAAUGCCUCAUUGGUACUGCAGAGAUUCCUGUAGGAGGGAUUCAUAUGGACUCCAUCCUUUCUGAGUCUUCAUUACCUGUGAAGUAUGUUGCUUAUUCUCAUUGCUUUCGUACUGAGGCAGGUGCUGCUGGAGCGGCAACAAGAGGCCUUUAUCGAGUCCACCAGUUCAGCAAGGUAGAAAUGUUUAUAUUUUGCCGUCCCGAAGAGAGUGAGUCUUACCAUGAAGAACUCAUAAGGAUUGAAGAGGACCUGUUCUCAUCACUGGGAUUGCAUUUCAAGACCUUGGAUAUGGCCUCAGCAGAUUUAGGUGCACCUGCUUAUCGAAAAUUUGAUGUGGAGGCAUGGAUGCCAGGUUUGGGACGAUAUGGCGAGAUAUCAAGUGCAUCGAAUUGUACAGACUAUCAAAGCCGUAGAUUAGGAAUCCGAUAUCGUCCACAAGAACCCGUACCAUCCACUUUGAAGAAGGGCAAAGGCAAUCUAGCGCCAACACAAUUUGUUCACACGUUGAAUGCAACAGCAUGUGCUGUGCCUCGAAUGAUCGUUUGCUUGCUUGAAAAUUAUCAGCAGGAAGAUGGGUCUGUUAUUAUUCCUGAGCCAUUGAGGCCUUUCAUGGGUGGCCUAGACCUCAUUUCUCCCACAUCUGCAUAGAGCAUCCUGAGGCAAUUUCAACUUUUUCUUAUUCCACAACUUUCAAUUUUUGCAAGAGUGAGUAAUUCAAACAACCGACGUUUACCUGAUUGAUUUCCCAAUUGUAGUUUCUGUGGUUUAAUUAUUGGCAGCUGAUUGCUAAAUUACAUUUA